CAGGACUUGAAAGACCUAGCUGUUGUGAACAAGACACCUACUGAACCAUGGUGGAUUACUAUGAAGUUCUGGGAGUGCAAAAGCAUGCCUCAGCAGAAGAUAUUAAAAAGGCGUACCGUAAGUUGGCACUGAGAUGGCACCCUGAUAAAAACCCAGACAACAAAGAUGAGGCAGAACGGCAGUUUAAACAAGUGGCUGAGGCCUACGAAGUUUUGUCAGAUGCUAGAAAACGUGAUGCCUAUGACAGAUAUGGAAAAGAAGGCCUAAUGAAUGGAGGUGGAGGUGGAAAUCACCACGAUAAUCCGUUUGAGUAUGGAUUUACAUUCCGUAACCCCGAAGAUGUCUUUAGGGAGUUUUUUUCAGGAAGGGAUCCCUUUGAACUCUUUGCAGAAGACCCUUUUGAUGACUUAUUCGGGGGCAGGCGAGGUCCAAGGGGAAGCAGAAACAGAGGCGGUGGAUCGUUUUUCUCUGCCUUCGGAGGGUUCCCUGCUUUUGGAAGUGCUUUUCCUUCAUUUGACACAGGUUUUGCUUCAUUUGGUUCCCUGGGACAUGGAGGCAUUACUUCGUUCUCAACUUCAUCAUUUGGUGGCAGUGGGAUGGGUAGCUUCAAAUCAGUAUCAACCUCAACUAAAAUAGUUAAUGGCAGGAAAAUUACUACAAAGAGGAUUGUUGAGAACGGACAAGAGAGAGUAGAAGUCGAGGAAGAUGGGCAGUUAAGGUCGUUAACAAUAAAUGGUAAGGAGCAGCUGCUACGCUUGGAUAACAAGUAAUUCAACGCACGCAUUUAACAGAAAUGUUAAGCUCUAACAGCCACCAUUUGAGGAUUGACAGGAACAUUUUUUGAAGAUUUCAAAUGAACUCAACUUUCUGUAUAUCCGUACUUAAUCUUAAGUAGUAUAAAUAGCUCACAGAAGCUCGUAUUUGUCAUAGACUUUUGAGUUAAUUGUUGGGACCACAUCAAUUGGACCAUUUUUUGUCCUUAAAAUUGUUGUAAACUUCUGUAUGCACUUUUCUUAUAUGUGAUCAAGGUGAACCAUGAUCCUUCAGUAGUGCUAGGGCGAGAUGUACACUAACACUAGCAUGAAUUUUGCUUUUUCCAAUUUGAAAUGUGAGCCAAUUAGUAGUUUAAGUCUGCUGUGAAGUUAACAUUUCCAGGAUAACCUUUUUAAUAAUUUCAACUUCUUUUUUUUUUUUUUUUUUAAUGUUUAGUAGUGAACAAUGUUAAUACAUUUCUGGUAAUGCAUUUCUGGUUUAAAUAAAUUAAGGAUGUUUUCUAGUUGUGCAUGAAUGCAGACAACUUAGUAAGUUUUGACAAAUGUUUAAAUGUGUAAUGUAAGCAAAAGGUAAACAAAAGUGAAGCCAGUGAGCUGAGUCUUUUGUCAUUUGCUAAAAAAAUUCAAAAUGAAUAAAUGCUGAUGUUUGUGGUGCA